GCAGCGGCGCGCAGGCGCGCCGACGGCUGGGAGCUUUGGCUGGGGCGGUGGGGCUAGUGCCGGUUGCCGCGUCCUGCUCCCUUUGACGCCCCCCCAGCGCGAAUAGCCGUCGCCAUGUCGUCGGUGAGCCCUAUCCAGAUCCCCAGCCGCCUCCCGCUGCUGCUCACCCACGAGGGCGUGCUGCUCCCCGGCUCCACCAUGCGCACCAGCGUGGACUCGGCCCGCAACCUGCAGCUGGUGCGGAGCCGCCUGCUCAAGGGCACGUCGUUGCAGAGUACUAUCCUGGGGGUCAUCCCCAACACGCCCGACCCGGCCAGCGACGCGCAGGACCUGCCGCCACUGCACAGGAUUGGGACGGCUGCCCUGGCGGUUCAGGUUGUAGGCAGCAACUGGCCCAAGCCCCACUAUACUUUGCUGAUUACAGGCCUGUGCCGUUUCCAGAUUGUGCAGGUCUUGAAGGAGAAGCCAUAUCCUGUUGCCGAAGUGGAACAGUUGGACCGGCUUGAGGAAUUUCCCAACACCUGUAAAACUAGGGAGGAGCUAGGAGAACUAUCAGAACAGUUUUACAAAUAUGCAGUACAGUUGGUGGAAAUGUUGGAUAUGUCUGUCCCUGCAGUUGCUAAAUUGAGACGCCUUUUAGAUAGUCUUCCAAGGGAAGCAUUACCAGACAUUCUGACCUCAAUUAUUCGAACAAGCAACAAAGAGAAGCUCCAGAUUUUAGAUGCUGUGAGUCUAGAGGAGCGGUUCAAGAUGACCAUACCGCUGCUUGUCAGACAAAUUGAAGGCCUGAAAUUGCUUCAGAAAACCAGAAAACACAAGCAAGAUGAUGAUAAGAGGGUUAUAGCAAUACGUCCUAUUAGAAGGAUUACACACAUCCCAGGUGCCUUAGAAGAUGAGGAUGAGGAUGAAGAUCAUGAUGACAUUGUCAUGCUAGAGAAAAAAAUACGAACAUCCAGUAUGCCAGAGCAGGCCCACAAAGUCUGUGUCAAAGAGAUAAAAAGACUCAAAAAAAUGCCUCAGUCGAUGCCAGAAUAUGCUCUGACUAGAAAUUAUUUAGAACUUAUGGUGGAACUUCCUUGGAACAAAAGUACAACUGACCGUCUGGACAUUCGAGCAGCCCGGAUUCUUCUGGAUAAUGAUCACUAUGCUAUGGAAAAAUUGAAGAAAAGAGUGCUGGAAUACCUGGCUGUCAGACAGCUGAAAAACAACCUGAAGGGCCCCAUUCUUUGCUUUGUUGGCCCUCCUGGAGUUGGUAAAACAAGUGUGGGAAGAUCAGUGGCCAAGACUCUUGGUCGAGAGUUCCACAGGAUUGCACUUGGAGGAGUGUGUGAUCAGUCCGACAUUCGAGGACACAGGCGUACCUACGUUGGCAGUAUGCCUGGUCGUAUAAUCAAUGGCUUGAAGACUGUUGGGGUUAACAAUCCAGUGUUCCUAUUAGAUGAGGUGGACAAACUAGGAAAAAGUCUGCAGGGUGAUCCUGCAGCAGCUCUGCUUGAGGUGUUGGAUCCUGAACAAAACCAUAACUUCACAGAUCAUUAUCUAAAUGUGGCCUUUGACCUUUCCCAAGUUCUUUUUAUAGCUACUGCCAACACAACUGCUACUAUUCCACCUGCCUUGUUGGACAGAAUGGAGAUCAUUCAGGUCCCAGGGUAUACACAAGAAGAGAAGAUCGAGAUUGCCCACAGGCACUUGAUCCCAAAGCAGCUGGAACAGCAUGGGCUGACUCCUCAGCAGAUUCAGAUCCCACAGGUUACUACUCUUGACAUCAUCACCAGGUAUACCAGAGAGGCAGGGGUUCGCUCUCUGGAUAGGAAGUUUGGAGCCAUUUGCCGAGCUGUUGCUGUGAAGGUGGCAGAAGGACAACAUAAAGAAGCCAAGUUGGACCAUUCUGAUGUGGCUGAGGGAGAAGGUUGUAAAGAACACAUCUUAGAAGAUGCAAAACCUGAAUCUAUCAAUGACACUACGGACUUAGCCCUACCACCCGAAAUGCCGAUUUUGAUUGAUUUCCAUGCUCUGAAAGACAUCCUUGGGCCCCCAAUGUAUGAAAUGGAGGUGUCUGAGCGGUUGAGUCAACCAGGAGUGGCAAUAGGUUUGGCCUGGACCCCCUUAGGUGGGGAAAUCAUGUUCGUGGAGGCAAGCCGAAUGGAUGGCGAAGGUCAGCUGACUCUGACUGGCCAGCUAGGAGAUGUCAUGAAGGAGUCUGCCCAUCUCGCAAUUAGCUGGCUCCGCAGCAACGCGAAGAAAUACCAUCUGACCAAUGCUUCUGGAAGUUUUGAUCUUCUUGACAACACAGACAUCCAUCUGCACUUCCCAGCUGGUGCUGUCACAAAAGAUGGACCAUCUGCUGGAGUUACCAUAGUAACUUGUCUCGCCUCACUUUUUAGUGGGCGGCUGGUGCGUUCGGAUGUAGCCAUGACUGGAGAAAUCACAUUGCGGGGUCUCGUUCUUCCAGUGGGUGGGAUUAAAGACAAAGUGCUGGCGGCACACAGAGCAGGAUUGAAGCAAGUCAUUAUUCCUCAGAGGAACGAAAAAGACCUUGAAGAAAUCCCGGGCAAUGUACGACAGGAUUUAAGUUUUGUUACAGCAAGCUGCCUGGAUGAAGUUCUUAAUGCAGCUUUUGAUGGUGGCUUUAUUGUCAAGACCAGACCUGGUCUCUUAAAUAGCAAACUGUAGGCCCAAAUCCCAACUUUUCAGAAUUGCAAGUUAUGAAGUGCCAAAGGGCACAGAAAAGGUUUUUGUUCAUACCAGUAGAGGUAGGCUAGGUGUCCCUAAUCUUUGAACAUGAUCACGACAGUAACCUCACUCAAAUGGCUGGUGUUGAUUAUAAAAAUGUUAAUUGAAUAAACGGAUUGAUAAAAAUUGAA